AUGCUCGUGACGACACAGCCGCCCCUCGCUGGCCACCUGGGCCACUUCUCAACUCACGAGGGCAAGACCUACCCCUACUUCGUGUCCGGCCCUCAUUCGGACAAAGCGGUCAUCUUCAUCGGGGGGUUGUAUAAUGGCUUGGGAGAUGUGCCAUAUACCCAUGCGCUUGCUGAUGCGUUGGCUAAGGCUGGAUGGAAGCUCGUCCAGUUCCACUGGACCUCCGCCUACGAAGGCUUCGGCACCUCGUCGCUGACCCGUGAUGCCUCUGAACUGCACGCCCUCGCCUCGCACUUGAGGGAUCACCACACCUCCACAAUCGUAGUUAUGGGCCACUCCACGGGGAGCCAGGACGUGAUCCACCUCCUAACCACCCUGGGCGGGGUUGAGGGAGGCAUCAUGCAGGCCCCCGUUAGUGAUCGGGAGCACUUUUCUGUUGAUCCAACUACAAAGGCUUGGACCGACAUGCUUCCUAUCGCCACGAAGAUGGUUGACGAGGGAAAGGGGAAAGAGAUCAUUCCGGGCUUCGACAAGGUUGGGGGAAUGAAUAUGAGCGCGUAUAGGCUGUGGAGCCUUAUGUCGUCUAGUGGCGACGACGACUACUUUUCCUCCGACUUGCCAGACACUGCAGACGGGGUGCACAAGCAUCCCCUAGAUGGGAGCUUUGGGGCGCUCAAUGUGCCCGCCCUUGCUCUGUUCUCGGAGAAGGACGAGUAUGGGCACGUUCCCGAUGUCGAGGCGCAUCUCGCGCGGUGGCGUGAGGCUGCAAAGGGCAGGCUCGAGACGCGUAUCGUUCGGGGCGCGAAUCAUGCUGUUGAGGAUGCGGCGCACUGGCCUGACCUUUGUGCAGCUACGGUCGGUUGGCUCCAGAAGCACUUCUAA